AUGCCGCCAAAGAAACAACUUGCAUCGAAUAAAAGUGAUUCCUCGGAUAAUGAGGGUACACCUGACGCCGCCGUGGAAGCGAUAGUUCAUCCUCUGCGCCGGCGCACGCUCUGUCGCCUCAGCAACCUGUACUUAAUUCUGCGCCACCCGCUCAUACCGCGCGCGUUAAAUCGCCACCUCUCAACUCGGCUCGCCGAUGAAUAUUACGGCGUGCCUAAUAAAAUAGAUGCAUUGAUAGGUGCAUCUCUUUUCCCACACUUGCUAUGUCCUGGCGUAAUUCGUUCUUAUGAUUCCUCUGGGCCCGCAGCAAUACGCACGGUGCUUGGUUACGUCAUUAUGGGUUCCGUACCGACACUGCAAAUGAUGGCUAUGACAGCCGACUGUCGCCAGCAAUUCUUGCAGAUCGUUAUUCGUGAUUCUGAUCGUCGUUAUCAAUGUUUUCUAUACCGCUUCAAUCCACAUGAUCCACUUGUGCUGUACCAGUUCAAUCGCGUAUGCUUCGGUUUAACAUCUAGUCCUUACCAUGCACUGCGCACGGUGAGACAGCUUAUCGAUGACGACGGCGCGAUGUAUCCACUAGCGAGUCGUAUCGCAUCUACCUCACUAUACAUGGAUGAUGUCGCUUUCUCCUUGCCUAGUGAGUCCGAAGCCAGUGAAGCCUCUCAGCAGCUGAUUGACUUAUUCAAGGGUGCACAAUGGGAUCUUAUAAAAUGGAAUAGCAACUAUCAAUCCGUUUUAGAUAACCUCCCUGCUUCUCAUAAAAUUACAAAGGAAGUGGAGUUCGAUAAAUCGAUGCAGCAUAAGAUAUUAGGCUUGCAUUGGUCUACCGAUAGUGACGAAUUCUAUUUUAAAAUAUCUAUUCCCGAUGAUGUGACGUGCACUAAGCGCUCCAUCUUAUCUACUGUCGCCCGCCUGUGGGACAUAAUGGGUUUCGUUGCUCCCACAGUCGUGAACUUAUUGAACGCUGCAAAGUGCGUGUACCGAACUACGUGGCGUGCCCGCCGGUGUUGGCUGCAUUCCAGGGAGCGCGAGCGCUUGGCUGCCGCCGCAAGGAAGUGGCGAAAAGGAUAUUUGGAGACGCACUCAGAUUGGGAUUUGACGAAUAAGCUCCCGAUAAUCAAUAUAUUCGAAACUGAAAUACCAGGAGACCAGAAUCAAAGAGGAGGUAGUAACCAGGCGAAUCGCGGUGCGAUCACGGGCGUGAAGAGAGAAGUUGCUCUCGCUUUCCUGCUCUUUCAGGGGGCGUGCACAACGGGCGUG